UCCCGCGAGUCGAAGAAAAUUACGUGAAAGGCCCCUGCAGGGGUUGGUGCCAAGUGAGGGCACCGAGAUACACCAAGUCUUCCUUAUCGCCCGCCUCUUUGGGUUUUUCACCAGUCGUGAGACUUUUCCAUCAGAACCGACCAAUUGCGCGAGAGGGAGGUUUUAGCUGGCUUGGAAGUCUUGAAAUUUCACACUGAGCUACACGCUGGGUGCCGGCGCUGAGGGACGAAGGCGGAAGGGGGCGGGGCUGUCACUUCGCGCCAACUCAAACAGCGCUUUGGAGGUCUUACCGGACAGUAUCCUGGCCACCCCGUAAGCAGUUGACUCCGUUUCAUAGAAAAGAAGUCUGCUAGCUUAUAGAAAAGGGACCGUGGAGACAGACUGACUCAAGUUCAUACUUGGCUGCCAGCACUUCAUAGCGGCGAUAAAUGAACUAAGAAAGCAGGAAUGUUCAGAAAUCAUGAAAUGGAAGCCUAAAUUGAGUGUAUCUUCUGCUCGGUGGAAUCCAAAAACGCUUCCUGAAGGCUAUAACACGGCAGGAAAGCUGACCUGAGAGUUAAGGAGCUAACGCUGAAGGGGCCGAGGUGGGGGAAGGCGAUGGCUCUCACUUCAGAGGACCUGGAUUCGAGUCUUGCCUCAUUUUUUUGCUGGGUGACCUUGGGGGUGUCUUGCUUUCACCUUUUUAUGCCCUAAUCGGUGAAACAAAUGUGCUUUACUUACAAGCGCUCUUCAGAAGACUAGGAUAAUAUAAUCAAAGUGUUUUACAUAGUGCCCUGCCAAUAGUAAGGGCUCCACAAAGGUAAACUGCCAUUAUUUUUCCUGAUCAAACCCUGCAAACCUUACCGACAGCUAUUUGUUGAUCACAGUUCUCUGGAGCAAUAGAAAACUUAUUACUUCUCUGGGUAGAAAUGCGCGACACCAGAAAGCAAUGGAUCUGGCUUGGUUCUUGGAUUGUGGACUCAUGGGCUUCUGGCUUUCCCGUAAGAAAUAAAGUUUGUCUCAGACGCGGGAGAAGCAGUUGCCGCUCUAGCAACAAGGUCCGCGGGUUCUCGAUGGUGCGAGGUCUUGCGCGUGCGCGAUGCGCGCGGCGGCGCGCGGCAAAGUGAAGGGCGGGCAGGGCGCGCGGAGAGGUGCGGUGGACCGGUUCCUGCUUUCGCAGGUCCCUCCUCCAUCCAAGUUCAGUCUUCAUUAUCUCAGGAAGAUAGCCACCUAUGUGCGAACCCGGGCCACAGAGGGAGCUUACCCACGGCUCUACUGGUCUACAUGGAGGCACAUUGCAUGUGGGAAGCUGCAGUUGGCUAAGGAUCUGGCAUGGCUUUACUUCGAAAUAUUUGAUAGUCUUUCGGUGAGGACACCUGAGGCACGCCUGGAAUGGUCUGAAGUUCUCUCCAACUGCAUGUCUGAAGAUGAAGUUGAAAAGCAGAGAAAUCGGCUUUCGGUGGACACUCUACAGUUUCUGCUGUUUUUAUAUAUACAACAAUUAAAUAAGGUUUCCUUGAGGACAUCUCUGAUUGGAGAAGAGUGGCCUAGUCCCAAAAGCAGAUCUCAGUCUCCUGACCUGACAGAAAAAUCCAAUUGUCAUAAUAAGAACUGGAAUGAUUAUAGUCACCAAGCUUUUGUCUCUGAUCAUCUGUCAGAUCUCCUUGAGUUGCUUUUAGAUCCAGAGCAACUCACUACAUCGUUUCAUUCAACUCAUACUAGUCUAGUCUCUCGAGAAGCUGUUGUGGCGCUCAGCUUUCUUAUUGAAGGCACAGUGAGUACAACCAGGAAGAUCUAUCCACUUCAUGAACUUGCAUUGUGGCAACCCCUGCAUGCAGAGAGUGGCUUCUCAAAGAUCUCCAAGACUUUCUCUUUCUACAAGCUAGAAGCCUGGUUGAGAGCCUGUUUAACUGGGAAUCCAUUUGGUACAUCCGCUUGCCUCAAGUCAGGAAAAAAAUUGGCUUGGGCUCACCAAGUUGAAGGUACGACCAAAAGAGCUAAGAUUGCUUGUAAUACUCACAUAGCCCCUAGAAUGCACCGCAUGGUAGUGAUGAGCCAGGUUUACAAGCAGACAUUGGCCAAGAGCUCAGAUACUCUUGUGGGGGCACAUGUCAAGAUUCAUCGCUGCAACGAAUCUUUUAUUUAUCUUCUCUCUCCCUUACGAUCUGUAACAAUUGAGAAGUGCAGGAAUAGCACCUUUGUCUUGGGCCCUGUAGAGACUGCUCUUCACCUCCACAGCUGUGACAACGUUAAAGUCAUUACUAUAUGCCAUCGUUUGUCCAUCUCUUCAACGACAGGUUGCAUCUUUCACAUUCUGACACCUACACGCCCACUUAUUCUCUCUGGGAAUCAGAGAGUAACUUUUGCCCCUUUUCAUACCCACUACCCAAUGCUAGAGGACCAUAUGGCCAGGACAGGCCUUGCUACAGUGCCUAAUUAUUGGAAUAAUCCAAUGGUUGUGUGUAGAGAAAACAGUGACACAAGUGUGUUCCAGCUCUUACCACCUUCUGAAUUCUAUAUAUUUAUUAUUCCCUUUGAAAUGGAAGGGGACACAACAGAGAUACCUGGGGGUCUUCCAUCUGCUUAUCAGAAAGCCCUGGGUCAAAGAGAACAGAAGAUACAGAUCUGGCAAAAAACUGUGAAGGAGGCUCGUUUGACAAAGGAUCAAAGGAAGCAGUUCCAGGUACUUGUGGAGAACAAGUUUUAUGAGUGGUUGAUUAAUACAGGACAUCGCCAACAGCUGGACAGCCUUGUACCCCCUGCAGCAGGCUCCAAACAAGCAGCAGGAUAGAGUUCCUAUAUCUAAUCACUGGGCCCUGGAAAUGUAAGGAUGAAUGGAGGAUGGUUCCCAUCUUAAAACAAAAUUGGGACAACACUGUUGCUGCUGAAGAGACUUUGAGGAUUUUUUUUUCCCCUUUUUAAGACUUUUCCUUGAUUUCCAUUCAUACUUAAUUAUUACUGUUUAGGUUGAAUCUUAGCUAAAUUUCUGAACUUUCAUGCUAAAUUUCUGAACUUUCAUGUAAACAUAUGGUUUAUAGAACAUCAGAAGACUCAUGUUUGUGAUGGCAACGUGUUGAUGAAGGCAGUCUCCUUUUGUGUGUGUGUGUGUGUGUGUGUGUGUUAAUAUUUAAGUGGUCAUAGAUUUGCAAGUGAUUUCAUAUUUUAAUUUGUAUGAUGAAAGGGUUCGAUCCUUUCUAAAGUUAAAAGAUUUUUUUUAAUAGUUCUUUAUAACUAAAAUGUGAUUACUAUUCUUUUAAAAAAUAAUUGGAAAUAAAGUAUGAUUGUUGUAUAAAUAAAACAUAGUUUUAUACAAAUAUAUUUUAGUCCUUAAAGUAUGAAACUUAAUGAACUUGUGUACAAAUCUUUAUUUUUCAUUUUCUGCUUCAAAUUUUCAAUAAACAAGCUAAAAAGUAAUUUUAUCCUUUUGUUAAAAAGAUAAAGCUUUACUUUUGAUUUUACAAAAAGUUUUCAUUGUCAUUCUGUGAUCUGUGGACGUACAAUUCACAUUUGAUUGGGAAAACAAUUUCCAAUUGAUGAAAUGAAUCUGAUUAUUGAUAAACAUUAUUUUAUAUGCUCACUGACCCUUUAAUUAGUAAUUGCAUCAAAAAAUGGCUGCUUAUAUUUGUGAAGUGAAAACUAACCUUCACAAUGUUGUUAAUUCUAAUUGAAGUUUUGAGAGUUUUUAUUUUAAGAUGAAAUUCAAGCAAGCAGAGCAUUACCAAAUAAAGAAAUACUGGAGUAAUAAAGGGUGUUGGCAAAUUGUUUGUUAAUAACAUUAAUAAUAUCAAUCAUAUAUUUCCUUCUAUUUUAUAAAAUUCGGGAAACUAAGCAUAUAACUUAAUUUUGUUUCUCAGUAGGUUUCACAUAAGCACUUUUGUUAUUUUCUGAAUUGAUCGUAAUAUAUCUUAUGGGUAUGCCAUUUACAAAGUCAUUUGUUGGAGAAAGAUGGGAAAUUUGAACUUUUAAGAAGAAUAUAGUAGUACAGAAAAAUUAAAAUGGAGAAAGGAUGAUCUGUUAUUUCUUUUGAGUUUAUAUAAGAUGUAAUCUCGUGCCUAAAGUCAGAGAUGUGUUGAGGGCCAAAAAAAAUGUUCUCUGAACAGGUUCAAAGAUAAUCUUGUGGGCAAAGAAAGACUAACUAGCAGGUGGCAAGUUCCAGAAUUCCAUAGUAGUUUUCUGUCUUUCUGUAUAGUGUGUCAUGCUUCUUAUGAAUUAGAACUCUUUGUAAUUUGUGAUUUUAAAAAAAUUUUCAAAAUUAAAGAACAGUUGCAAGAAUAGGUCCAUGAACUCUGAUAUACCCUGUGUAGGUUCACAAAUUGUUAACAUUUUGCCACAUUCACUUUACCACCCUCUAUACAGUAUUGUUUUCUUGGCUUAAUUUGUGUAUAGGUUCUGGACAUAUUAAACCUUUACUCCUAAAUACAUAAGCAUGAAUUUCUUACUUAGUCAUACCACCAACUUAAAAAGUUAAACAUUGGUACAGCAGAAUAUCUAAUAUGCAGUCCAUAUUAAAAUUUUUUAUAAAUGUCCCAAAAAUGUUCUUUGUGAUGAUUGUUUUCCAAACACAAAGCCAUGCACUGCCUUUAGUUGUCAUGUAAGUGUUAUUACCUUCAGAAUGUGUCAUUUUUGUCCAGAAAUAGAGUGAUGUUUUGACUCAAGUCUUCCACAAGCUUUGUUGAGGAAAAAAGAAAGGAAUUUCAAAGAGGUUGCUUGCUGAAAAAAGCAAAUUGUCCAGGGAAGAGAGACGUUUUGUUUUUAAUAUUUAA